AUGGUCAACGUUCCCAAAACCCGCCGGACCUACUGCAAGGGCAAGGAAUGCCAUAAGCACACCCAGCACAAGGUCACCCAGUACAAGGCUGGAAAGGCCUCUCUGUUCGCCCAGGGUAAGCGCCGUUACGACCGUAAGCAGAGCGGUUACGGUGGUCAGACCAAGCCCGUCUUCCACAAGAAGGCCAAGACCACCAAGAAGGUCGUCCUCCGUCUCGAGUGCACCGCGUGCAAGACCAAGAAGCAGCUCGCUCUGAAGCGUUGCAAGCACUUCGAGCUUGGUGGUGACAAGAAGACCAAGGGUGCUGCUCUUGUCUUCUGA